AUUUCUGAUCAUUUGUGUGGGUAGCAUCUCUUAUACAUCUCUUAGGAAUUGGUUACUCAACAAUAAAAAAAGAUUCAAUUUCUUUUUUAUAAGUUUAUAAGAUUCCUGUUUUGCUAAAUCAAGAUUCUUUCUAACUGAAGAUUCUUUCUAUUAGCUAUUAGUUUUAUACAAGAGGGAAGAAUCUUUCAACUAUCACUCCCUACAAAUUCCAUAAGAAAAUUCACUUAUCCGAUAAAAACUUAAAGAAGAAGAAGAAGAAGAAGAAGAAUGGCCACAUGUCCUCCUUUCGAUUUCUCUGCCAAAUAUUACGAUGGUGACGGCGGCGGAUGCCAGAGGCAGAGCAGCUUCUUCGGAGGCACGACGGUGCUCGAUCAAGGCGUUGGCUACGCCGUGAUUCUUGGUUUUGGUGCUUUCUUUGCCAUCUUCACAUCUUUUUUGGUAUGGCUAGAAAAACGAUAUGUGGGAGCUCGUCAUACCUCGGAAUGGUUCAAUACAGCCGGAAGAAACGUUAAGACAGGACUCAUUGCAAGUGUCAUUGUGUCACAGUGGACAUGGGCUGCGACCAUACUGCAAAGUUCAAACGUAGCAUGGCAGUAUGGGGUUAGUGGACCGUUUUGGUACGCUAGUGGAGCCACCAUACAGGUGCUGUUGUUUGGUGUGAUGGCGAUUGAGAUUAAAAGAAAGGCUCCCAAUGCUCACACGGUCUGCGAAAUCGUGAAGGCUCGUUGGGGAACCGCAACACAUAUAGUGUUUUUGGUGUUUUGUUUGGCGACAAACGUCAUUGUGACGGCGAUGCUCUUGCUCGGUGGCUCGGCUGUGGUGAAUGCUCUUACCGGAGUGAAUCUAUACGCUGCAAGCUUUCUUAUUCCUCUCGGCGUCGUUGUCUAUACUUUGGCCGGAGGACUUAAAGCUACUUUCCUCGCAAGCUACGUUCACUCCGUUAUAGUUCACGUGGCUCUAGUCGUUUUUGUGUUUCUGGUCUACACAUCGAGUAGUGAGCUUGGGAGUCCGUCCGUGGUCUAUGACCGACUAAGAGAUAUGGUCGCUAAGUCAAGGUCAUGCACCGAGCCGCUCUCGCACCACGAUCAAGCUUGCGGUCCGGUGGAUGGCAACUACAGAGGCUCCUAUCUCACCAUGUUGAGCUCUGGCGGCGCUGUCUUUGGUCUCAUCAACAUUGUCGGAAACUUCGGCACUGUCUUCGUAGACAAUGGUUAUUGGGUGAGUGCAAUAGCUGCUCGACCUUCAUCAACCCACAAAGGGUAUUUGCUUGGUGGACUCGUGUGGUUUGCUGUACCUUUCUCUCUAGCUACCUCGUUAGGUCUCGGCGCACUAGCCCUUGACUUGCCUAUAUCUAAGGAUGAGGCUGACAGAGGUUUGGUUCCGCCUGCCACAGCCAUUGCUCUCAUGGGUAAAUCAGGAUCCUUGCUUCUUCUCACUAUGCUGUUCAUGGCUGUAACAUCGGCUGGUUCUUCCGAGCUAAUUGCAGUCUCAUCGCUGUUCACAUACGACAUCUACCGAACAUACAUAAACCCUAGAGCAACCGGUAAACAAAUCUUGAGAAUCUCAAGAUCCGCGGUUCUAGGAUUUGGUUGUUUCAUGGGGAUUCUUGCAGUGGUCUAGAACAAGUCUGGUGUUUCACUUGGAUGGAUGUAUCGCAUGGGAGUGCUCAUUGGUUCUGCGGUCAUUCCUAUAGCUUUCAUGCUCUUGUGGAGUAAAGCCAAUGCCUUUGGUGCAAUUCUUGGAUCCACCUCGGGUUGUGUUCUUGGGAUCAUUACUUGGCUUUCUACCGCAAAGAUACAGUACGGACGCGUUGAUCUUGACAGCACUGGGAAAAAUGGCCCCAUGUUAGCUGGUAACCUCGUCGCAAUUCUAGCAGGAGGGUUGAUCCAUGCGGUGUGUAGUCUACUCCGGCCACAAAAUUACGAUUGGUCGACGACGAGGGAGAUCAAAGUAGUGGAAGCUGAUGCUUCAGGGGACGAAGAAGUUGAUGUUCCGGCCGAAGAACUAAGAGAAGAGAAGCUUAGAAGAGCCAAAGCUUGGAUUGUGAAAUGGGGUCUUGUCUUCACUGUCCUCAUUGUUAUCAUUUGGCCAGUUCUCUCUCUCCCAGCACGUGUGUUUAGUAGAGGAUAUUUCUGGUUUUGGGCAAUUGUGGCGGUAGCUUGGGGAACUAUAGGAUCCAUUGUGAUCAUUGGUUUGCCAUUGGUCGAAAGUUGGGACACGAUCAAGAGUGUUUGUAUGGGAAUGUUCACAAACGAUAGGGUAAUGAACAAGCUUGAUGACUUGAACCAUAGGCUUCGAGCUUUAACCAUGGCUGUACCAGAAGCUGAGAAGAUUUAUUUGCUUGAACUUGAGAAGACCAAGAAAACCGAUGAAGAACGUUGAAGAAAUAUCAUAUUGGGUACACAAAAGGUUAAUGAUACUUUCUUUUUGUUUAUAUGCUUUGUUUGGUUGUCUUUUCUUGUUUGUGUGAAUCAUAUCAAAGCUAUCUCCGUUUGUAUAAUGUGUUCAACAUCUUUGAAAAGUGUAUGUAUUAUACAAACAACAGACUGUGAAACAAUGGGGUUAGUUGGAUAAGGAUUUUGGUUCAUUUGGUUUGGCUUUGUCAUUUGUGUGAUUAGUUGAAGCUAUUGUUAUAAAAUCAAAUUGUUUUUUU